ACACAGCAGAGAGACAGAGCGAGAGGGAGCCCGCGAAGCGCUGACGUCCACGGGAGUUAAUCAAAGAACAAACAAAACCCCCCAACCCAACCCAACCCAACGCAGAUUGAUAUCACAAAACGGAGAGGCAACCGAGUCUCUCCUGAAUUCAGUCGACUUAAGCUUUGGAGAAUUCUUCGAUUUGCUGUAUUAUAACGCUGACUCGGUUUGGAUUGUAUCUGCCUCUAGUUUGCUGGACAGAGGCAAAGUCUAUCCAGGAUGGCUACAGUUUUCUCGUGUGUUGUAUUCCUGCUGUCCGUUGCCCAGACUUUUUGCACCGGCAUCUUCGAGCUUAAAGUGGACUCGUUCAGCAGCCGCCAGUCUGGGUUGUCUCGCAGUUGUCAGAGAGGCCAGCAGUGCGGCCGUUUCUUCCGGGUGUGUCUCAAGCAUUAUCAAGUCAACAUCUCGCCUGAGCCUCCAUGUACCUACGGAGCCGGCAACACACCGGUCUUGGGACCAGGAGGCGACAUGGUUCGCGAUAGCGAGCCCAUACGGAUCCCCUUCCAAUUCACAUGGCCGGGAACUUUCUCUCUGAUCAUCGAGGCCUGGAAUGCGGAAUCUAACGAGCCCAGCACCGAUAACCCCCAGAACCUGAUUAGCCGCUUGGCCACUGGUCGCCGCCUGGCGAUAGGUGAGGACUGGUCUCAGGACGUCCAGACUGUGGAACAGAGCGAACUACGCUACAGCUACCAUGUGGUUUGCGGCGAGUUUUACUACGGCGAGGGCUGUUCUGUCUACUGCCGACCCAGAGACGACAACUUUGGCCACUACACCUGCGACGAGACCGGCCAGCGAGUCUGCCUGCCCGGCUGGAAGGGUGAUUACUGCUCUGAACCUAUUUGCUUGCUGGGUUGCCACGAUAAAUAUGGAUACUGUGGAAGGCCGGGAGAAUGCAUAUGUCGCAUUGGUUGGCAGGGGCGGUUCUGCGAUCAGUGCAUCCGUUACCCCGGCUGCCUGCACGGUAUGUGCCAGGAACCCUGGCAGUGCAAUUGCCAGGAGGGCUGGGGCGGCCUCUUCUGCAACCAGGACCUCAACUACUGCACCAACCACAAGCCGUGCACGCACGGGGCCACCUGCUCCAACACCGGCCAGGGGAGUUACACCUGUACCUGCAAGCCCGGCUACAGCGGCACCAACUGCCAGAUCGAGACCAAUGAAUGCGACAGCAAUCCCUGCAAGAACGGAGGCAGCUGCACGGAUCUGGAAAACAAUUACACCUGCACCUGUCCUCAGGGGUUCUACGGCAAGAAUUGUGAGAUUAGCGCCAUGACUUGCGCAGACGCGCCUUGCUUCAACGGCGGCUCGUGCAGCGAGAAGCCGCACGGCGGAUACACUUGCCGAUGCCCGGCUGGUUUCACGGGCUCCAACUGCGAGAAGAAGAUUGGCCGUUGUACCAACAACCCCUGCGUAAACGGUGCGUGUUACGUUCUUGGCCGUAGCUUCAUCUGCCGCUGUCGGACGGGGUUUGUCGGGACGAGGUGCGAGGUGAAUGAGGACGACUGCGCCAAGGGCCCCUGUGCCAACGGUGGCACUUGCCUGGAUGGCAUCAAUUCCUACACGUGCAGUUGCACCCUGGGCUACGGGGGCAGGGACUGUAGCGUGCGCAAGGACCCGUGCGCCAGCGGGCCCUGCAGGAACAACGGCGUCUGUUACACCCACUACACCGGGCACGUCUGCAAAUGCCCCGCCGGCUUCAUGGGGCCCAACUGCGAGUUCCACGUCAGGCCCACCACCCCAACCGAGGCAGACACCCCCUUCCCCGUGGCCCUGGCUAUCUCUGUGGCUCUGGGCUUCGUCACUCUGACCCUGGUGGUGUUUGCAGCCGUGGUCUUCCUCAAGUACCUGCGCAGGACCCAAGGUGGCGGCAGGGCCUUGCGCAACGACCUGGAGACCAUCAACAACCUGUCGGACUACCAGAAGGAGAAGGAGGCCUUCAUCAUCUCCACUGGGCAGUUCAAGGUGUCCAACAAGGAUGCAGAGUUCAGCACCGACUGCCUGACCGACAAGUUUAACUGUAAACAGAAACUGGAUUACAAUCUCGCCGGGCAUCUGAAAGAGGAGCGGCCUUUGAAAAAGAAUCUUGAGAAUAAGAAACCUGAGAGCCAGCAAUCGUCCAAACCGGCGAGCUGUUGUCCGAAGGAGGGAUUGUACCACCCGAUGUACAUCGUGUCUGAAAGAGUGGAGCCGUGCAUAUUUGCAACUGAGGUAUGAAUUCAAUCUCCUCGCACUCCAAGCAGCCGAUGCAUCUCCUGUUUCUGAAUGUUUACAGAUUUAAUGGACUCUACGGGGCUGGUUUUUGUUUUUGUAUUCCUGUAUUUAAUAUUUAUUUAUGCUGCUCAAUCUUCUGGGAUGGAGAACCUCUUCUGUAGCUGAGGACCGUUGCCGAACCUGGGCUUUUUAGGAUAAUGAAGGUUGCCUCCUGACUCCUCUUUGGAAAGCUGGGGAAAAAAAACAUUUGCACUAUUUUCAAAAA